AAUAAUGCGAAAUUCCCGAUUUUCUCCCUUUCUCCCCCGUAUCUUAGUUUUCUAGAUAGAGAGUUUGCGAAUUCCAUAUUCUAGAGAGAGAGAGAGAAGGGGACGAAAAUCAUCGUCAUCAUCAGCAUCGAUCUAGUGCUUCUUCAAUUGGCGAAAUCCAUGAACGAAGCCGAAUGAUGGAAUGUGAAUUGAAGUGUAUGGUUUUGGUGAUGACGCGAUCUUCUAUUCUGUGAUUGAGAUUUGGAAGCUCGGAUUCAUUUUGCGGCCCUUUUCCUCGGAUUAAUCUUCGGAAAAAAAUGAACGGUGGUGAUGACGCCGCCGUCACCGCUGGGAGCGGCCCUCCUACGUCUUUGGAGUGGAGAUUCUCUCAGGUCUUCGGCGAGCGAACCGCCGGAGAAGAAGUUCAGGAAGUUGAUAUAAUUUCAGCCAUUGAAUUUGAUAAAAGUGGAGACCAUCUUGCAACUGGUGAUCGUGGGGGUCGAGUGGUUCUGUUUGAGAGGACAGACACGAAAGAUCAUGGAGGAACCAGGAGGGAUCUUGAGAGAGCCGAUUACGCCAUUAGACAUCCUGAGUUUCGAUAUAAAACAGAAUUCCAGAGUCAUGAGCCCGAGUUCGACUAUCUCAAGAGUUUGGAGAUAGAAGAGAAAAUAAACAAAAUCAGAUGGUGUCAGCCAACAAAUGGCUCAUUGUUUCUUAUUUCCACAAAUGAUAAGACCAUAAAAUUCUGGAAGGUACAAGAGAAGAAGAUCAAGAAAGUUUGUGAUAUGAAUGUCGAUCCAUCCAAGGCUGUAGGAAAUGGUAGUCUAGCAAGUUCAAGUAAAUCAAGUAGCCCAAGUCAGUUUGUUGCUAAUGGACUAUAUGCAGAUGGAGCGCAUAAUGACUUUUCUUUCCCGCCAGGAGGAAUUCCGUCUCUGCGUUUGCCUGUGGUAGUAACUAGCCAGGAAACCAGCCUUGUGGCCAGAUGCCGGAGAGUUUAUGCUCAUGCUCAUGAUUAUCAUAUCAAUUCGAUCUCAAAUAGCAGUGAUGGAGAAACAUUUAUUUCGGCGGAUGAUCUGCGAAUAAAUCUAUGGCAUUUGGAAAUCAGUAACCAGAGCUUCAAUAUCGUUGAUGUUAAGCCUGCAAACAUGGAGGACCUGACUGAGGUUAUUACGUCAGCCGAGUUUCAUCCUAUCCAUUGUAAUAUGCUCGCGUAUAGCAGUUCAAAAGGAUCCAUCCGUCUGAUUGAUCUGCGGCAAUCAGCUUUAUGUGAUACUCAUUCCAAAUUAUUUGAAGAACCAGAAGUACCUGGUUCAAGAUCAUUUUUCACGGAGAUAAUUGCCUCUAUCUCUGAUAUUAAAUUCUCAAGGGACGGACGAUACAUACUUAGUCGCGAUUACAUGACCCUCAAGCUGUGGGACAUAAAUAUGGAUUCUGGUCCAGUUGCAACCUACCAGGUUCACGAGCACUUGAGGCCAAAGCUCUGCGAUUUAUAUGAGAAUGACUCAAUUUUUGAUAAAUUCGAGUGUUGUCUAAGUGGCGAGGGAUUGCGGGUAGCCACCGGGUCUUACAGCAAUCUAUUCCGCGUAUUUGGAGUUGCUCCGGGAAGUACUGAAGCCACAACUUUGGAAGCUAGCAAAAACCCGAUGAGGAGGCAAGUUCAAACGCCUUCGAGGCCUUCUCGAUCCCUCAGCAGUAUAACACGUGUGGUCAGACGGGGAUCGGAGAGCCCAGGGUCGGAUUCAAACAGCAAUUCAUUAGAUUUCACGACCAAGUUACUGCAUCUGGCAUGGCACCCGACAGAGAAUUCGAUCGCCUGUGCCGCUGCAAACAGCUUGUACAUGUACUACGCAUGAAGAGAAGAAGAAGAAGAAGAAGAAUGGUUCAGGGGAAAAAAAAAGGAACGGGUUGCUCUGCUUCAUUAACAUCCGUUUUCAUCUUUCAUUAAUUCAGGUUACUCUCCUUCACUCUCGUUUUUUACCCCAAAAAAAAAAGGAGCUACACAUUUCUUGCAGCAAACGAAGUAUGGUAACCUCUUUCUAAGUCUUGUAACCAGAAGAUGUAGUAACUGAAGUUGUGCCGGUGACGAGAGAAGCCAUGAUUGUCUGAACCGACCAUCCCAUGGAUCUUUCGAACUGGUGAGGCAAAGAUUCAUCGGCUCCCCUUCUCUCUUUUUUUCCCCUUCCUAUCUAUUACCCGUUUUCGAAAUUGUUUUUUUUUUUUUGGGCCGCUUUUUUCCUUUUUUUGUUCGGUUUUGAUAAAUAUCUUCGAGAAUUAGAAGAUGAUAUGUCUCGGUUUGGGAAGAAGAAUUAUUGUAGUUAAAUUCCUUCAACAACAAGAACAACAAAAGACCUGUUUUUUUUUUUUUUACACAAGGUAAUGUCUGAUGAUGAUAUGGGAUUUCCGUCUCAAAUAUUGUUAUUUCUCUCUUUUGCAAUGUUAAAAAAAAUGUUGGAUUU